UGGCUGGACUCGGCCGCCGCUGCGGUGUGAGGAGCGUGUUCGGGCUCUCGCCGUCCCCGCACCCGCACCGCGGCUUUUGCCUUGCGGUCCGCCGUUCGACAGCCAGCCUUCGGGGCCCCUGCCCGCCACGGACAUGCCGCGCGUCUACAUAGGACGCCUUAGUUACAACGUCCGGGAGAAGGACAUCCAGCGCUUUUUCAGUGGCUAUGGCCGCCUCCUCGAAAUAGACCUCAAAAAUGGGUACGGCUUCGUGGAGUUCGAGGACUCCCGCGACGCCGACGACGCCGUUUACGAGCUGAACGGCAAAGAGCUCUGCGGCGAGCGCGUGAUCGUGGAGCACGCACGGGGUCCGCGCCGCGAUCGCGACGGCUAUAGCUACGGAAGCCGCAGUGGUGGAGGUGGAUACAGCAGUCGGAGAACCUCUGGCAGAGACAAAUAUGGACCACCUGUUCGUACAGAAUUCAGGCUUAUUGUAGAAAACCUUUCUAGUCGUUGCAGUUGGCAAGAUUUAAAGGAUUUCAUGAGACAAGCAGGUGAAGUAACCUAUGCGGAUGCUCACAAAGAACGCACAAAUGAAGGCGUGAUUGAGUUCCGUUCCUAUUCUGACAUGAAGCGUGCUUUGGAUAAACUGGAUGGUACAGAAAUAAAUGGCAGAAAUAUUAGGCUCAUUGAGGAUAAACCACGAACGAGCCAUAGGCGAUCUUACUCUGGAAGCAGAUCAAGGUCACGGUCUAGAAGAAGGUCACGAAGUAGGAGUCGCAGGAGCAGCCGCAGUAGAUCUCGAAGCAUCUCAAAAAGUCGCUCCCGAUCCAGGUCUCGGAGCAAAGGUCGAUCACGUUCUCGAUCAAAAGGCAGGAAAUCUAGAUCAAAAAGCAAAUCUAAGCCCAAGUCUGAUCGGGGCUCCCGUUCGCGCUCUCGAAGCAGAUCUAAGGAGUAUGAGAAAUCUCGAAGCAGGUCUCGUUCUCGAUCUCGUUCCCCCAAAGAAAAUGGAAAAGGUGAUAUAAAGUCAAAAUCUAGAUCAAGAAGCCAGUCUCGUUCAAAUUCACCCCUACCUGCUCCACCCUCAAAGGCACGUUCUGUGUCCCCUCCACCAAAAAGAGCUUCAAGAUCCCGCUCUAGAUCUCGUUCAAAGUCCAGAUCACGGUCCAGAUCGAGUUCCAGAGAUUAACCUAGAACUCUAUAUUCUUUGCACACUAUUAUGGAACACUUUCCUACUUGCUUAGGCAGUUAUUCUUCCAUGUUUGUACUUGGCCUCUUCUGCAAGAGGAAUCUCCUGAAAAUGGGGGCACACAGGAAUUUGAUUUGUGGCCAAAUUUGAUGAAAAAAUGAGGUUCUAAAGAAAUGGCAUGAAGUCGAAGACCCUCUCCCUUCUUUGUAGAAUUAAGAUAACUUUGAUUUUAUAGCUUUUGAGCUAAAAUAACUUUUGUAAAGAUUAAGCUCAUUUAGAUUUUUUUUAAGUAUUUCAGCAGGAUCUGCUGCAGGGAUUUUUGUUGUUUUGUUUGCUUUUAAAUUAACCGUUUCGAGCUUUGAAUACCUAAGGCUUUAGAGGGAGAUCCCGAUUUUUAAUUAUGUUGGCUUUUUAUAAAGCUUGAGUUAUGUAAGAUUUCAAUAAAAAUUUGCUACCAAGAUGAUUGCCUUACUGAAUAGGUCACUUUUAAAUUCCUUUAAAUAUUGAUAAUUUGCUCUUUGUGGAAACAGUGUAAAUUCUACAUGUGUAAAAGAAGGCAAGCCUCAGACCAGCAAUAAAUUAUUCCAUUUGGAUAAUAUUUUGUGCUGUUAAUCAAAUUUGCCAAAGUCUAUCUGCCCCUUUGAGUUAAGUUAAAAAUAAAAGGUGUUUUGUAGUCAAUUACAUCAUUUUGCCUAAGUUAGUAGAUUUUAAAUAAUGAAACUUUUCAAACUUAAAUUUGAUCAAACUCUUGAAGAAGUUCUUAACACUUGGGAUCCCGUUUAGCCUAGUAAUUCCACCUUCUGGGAGUGGUCAGUGUAAUUGGUGUUUUUUUAGAGUAUGGUUCUGUGGUCUUUAAUGUUACAUAAAAAUGGAAGUAGCCUUUCUUUGAUUGGAAAUUUAGCAUAUUGUUCAAAGUGGAAAAGCAAAUACUGCAUUUUCUGCUGGAAGAUCAUUACAUUUAAUAGGCACUUAAUAGGUUGCUUGGUAAGAUCAGUUGCUGAUUAAAGUAAAAUUCUACCCAAUAAUCAGUCCUUCUUGUAGUUGAUGAGGUUAUGUAAUAAUUGGUUAGAUCAUUCUUGUAACUUUACCACGUGUGGUUGGCUUGAGAAGAAUUUACAUGGGUAAACCCGAAACUUUCUGUACUUCAUUAUGAAGUAUAAUAAUACUCUGUGGAAGCCAAAGUAUACUGCAAAUUUGUAGGAGGUACUGGGUAACCAGUUAGUCCAUAUAUGUGUAGACCUAAUUAGUUGAAAUUGCAGUUUGAGAAAUGAAUUACAUCUUUUUGUUCAAGUACUUUAACUUCAUUUAAAAGCACUCAUUAACCUUGGUUUGAAACUAGGAUGUAGGUUAUUUGACUCCGCUUUCUUUUCUUCUAGGAGCUGUCACUAAGGUAUCAAGGGCUGGGUUGUACUAUAUAGUAGGGCGUGGUGAUAACAGUGUCAUCAUGCCACAGGUGUGACUAGAAAGCAUCAUAAUCUACUAGAGUUGGUUUGUAGGUUCAAAUAAUCCAGAAGGCAUAUCUGAUAAAAUGAGGCUGCUUGAAAAAAACUGAGUCGAAGAUUUUAGGUGUCAAAAUCACAGAGUAGCUGGGAGUACUUGAUAAUGAGUAGAAAGACUUGUUUUUGAGAAGUUUCUGGGCUUCCUGUUAUAAAAUCUUAGCGCCUACUCUUAGGAAUGUAGUGCCCUAAAAGGUUGAUGCUUCUUCCAUGACCUUAUUUUCUUUACUUUCAUACUUUCUAAAAUUUAGAUAUUCAUAAGAAAUGGGUUUUUUUCCUGUAUAAACUCCAGAAUUUGAGAAAAGACACUGGUGUCAUAGUUCAUUAUUUUGCCUACUUGAAAAAACAAAUUACAACUCUUACAUGAAGAGGCGUGUCUCCAGCUGGCUUUCAGAAUUUGGUUUAAGAAUUGGCUUUGACCAAAGUUCUCUUGUUUUCAGGGAAAAAACAAAAGCUUUUAAAACCAUAGCCUUUUAAAAAGGAAGGAGGGGGGAAUAUCACAGUGUGAAAUUUGACUUUGUAACGUCAUUUUUCAACGGGGCUUUCUUGUGUUAGUAAAACAUCACAUGGUCAUAGGCAGGUUUUGUCUACGUUGUUAGCUGCCCCCAAAGUGGGUAAUUGUAAGGUAAAUGCCUACACCCGUAAGUUUUCUGGUAAUGGCAAAGACCAGCUUAGUGAAAGUCCAGUCCUAGUCCAUACCUGUGGACCUCUGCAUCAUUGAAUAUGCUAAAGCCCUAGAACUCUGGCCUACUUGAGAACAGAGUUGACUGAAAUGUUUAGUUCCUUGCUAACUUACAAGUAGGAUCUGAGCAUCUACAUCGUGCCAUGUGUACAUCUCUGCCCAGAUAGAAUAUUAAACUGAAAGAGCAAAAACAAAUGAGCAACAUCAUGAUUCCCCUUUCUUUGACCGGAUAAUGUUGAUUGACAUGCCGUAGUGCCUUUAAGGCCAGCUUGAGUCCUCCCAGUUCCUGUGGUUUACUGGUCCAGUCCUGUGUUGUUAUACCUUCAUUUUGGUAUCUUUUUUUCCUCCACUUUGUUAACCCCCUUUAUGCUUUAUUUCCUCAAUAAAAUGCUUACUGAGGGAGAGGGUCGUUUUGAAUUUAUUUGUAUUCCCACUUAGUGCCAAAUA